GGCCUCUGCUCGGAUUUUGGCAGUAUAAAAGCUGCUGCAAAUUUGAGCUAACAGCACAAUUCGGCGAGGCGUCAACACAGACCAACAGUUCAGUAGAUCAGUAGUUCAAUAGCCAGGAUCGCAAGGAUAAGCAAAAUGUACAAGUUGGUGGUGUUUUUCGCUCUGCUCGCCGUGGUGGCUGCCCGUCCGGGUUAUUUGGAGUCCGGACCCCUGCUCCAUAGCUAUGCCGCCCCUGCCAUCAUCCACGAACCGGCCCUGGCCAAGGUGGGCGCCAUCAUCAAGACCGUUCCCAGUGCCGUCUCCCACCAGAGCAUCAGCCAGGUGCACAGUUCGGCCCACAUUGUCCAGCCGAUUUUGGCCCCCGUUGUGAAGACCUAUGCCGCUCCCAUCAUCAAGACCUAUGCGGCUCCGGCCCUGCACACGACCCUCGUCUCGUCACCCUGGGCCGGAAACGGCUGGUCCGGACAUGGCUGGUCCGGACACGGCUGGGCCCCAUCCUGGUAAAGUGGGGCCGAAUGUCCUGUGCGGCUUUGCGUGGGCUAGUAACUAUGGCUUACCCUUACCCCUAAACCCACCCCUGCUUACUCUAUUUACCCCGAUGUUUUGUUUUUCUUCUUUCGCAUUUCGACUGAUGUAAAUAAAUCCAUGUUUCAUGCUCAACAUAA